GCUGUAAUCAAAAUCAAUAUGGCGCAUGUUGAUAUGAUAAAUUGACAGCUGUGUUUUGUCUUUUGUCUUCCUACAAAUUCAUUACAAGCGUACGUUGCGUUGUAAUGUAUCUUUUGCAUAUCCAGUUCGGUAGAAACAAAGUUUAAAAUGACUAGGCCCUUUGGCAAUAGUGAUAAACGGUUUUCUAUCGACGACGCCUUCGAGGAGGAGACCGACGAGGCUAUCAAGGUGUACGGCGCAACGGGCGAUCGCUCUAUACAAAAUAAACUCAAGAAUGGAGGCGAUUACCUUUCUAGCAAAACCUACAAAUGUACAGAAGACACUACAUCACGAGAUUCUGACUCUCUCAUCCACGAGUAUGUAGAGGCCUCACAAUCUUUAUAUUGCUGGAACCAUCCCAAAGUGCGAGAGAACUGGAAGACUGUCUGUGCAGCAGUCAUACUCCUCCUGGUGGGAGUGGGGCUCAUCGGCAUGGGUGUGUUUGCUGUGGCGGAACCAGAGAAUGGUUUACAGGGUGCAGUGUUUUUUGUGGCAGGCAUGAUUUGCUUUGUGCCUGGAGCAUAUCACGUGGUCUACAUAUGGCUUGCCGCGCGCGGACAACGCGGUUACGACUUUUAUCACCUACCUUUAUUUACUUGAUUUGCAACCUUGGAAUUUAUCUAAUUUUAAUGAUAAGUAAAUGGACUGUAAAUUGGGUAGAAGAGGUAACUGUUUUGCAAUCAUGACAAUCUUUGCAAUUAUUUUCAUUGACAAAUUACAUGGAAAUCCAAUUGUUUUGUAGUUUAGGCACUAUUGUGGCAAUGGAUAGAGACACAUUAGACAGUCAGUGCAAAGGGUUGUAUUGAUUGUGUCCAGAUUUGAGUGAUGAAAUUGAGGUAUGAAUGACAGCUGGCUUGCUCUCUAUUUUACCUUGUUUACCUAAAAACAAUAUUAUGACUAAACAAUGUAAAAAUAAUGAUUACAAACAUUUAGUAAAUAGGAGGUAAAUUUAAACCAAUACAUUAAUAUUGUAUUUGAUAAAAGUGUAAGUAAAUUAUUUCAAUAUCAUCUAAACUUAUGGUCCACUAUGGGACAAGUGUGCAUAAGUUGCUGAACUAAUGAAAUGAAAAUGAUUUAUCAUUGUAAAACAAUAUACAAAAUUAAUGGACUCAUAAAUAUAUAUUUAUAAAUAAUUUGGAAUCCAAAGUAGUUGUAAUUCUUCUAAUCUUCAAAUGCUCUUUGGGAAUAACAAUUUGCAUAAUAUUAGAAAUAUUGUUUAUGAAAAUUUAAAGUGCCUAUUUAUAUUAAUUUAAACAAUGAAUUUUAAUAAAGAAUUCUUCUUGUUGAUCUCUAAUACUAUAUUAUAUAGUUUGGUUAUUGUGGUUUAUUUUAAAAUAUUGCAUAUUAACACUUGUUAUUCAACCAUUUUACUUUGAAUCCAUUAUCACUACAUAGUAUGAAACAAAGUUGCUUUCUUUUCUCUCCCUAUAUGUAUGCUUAAAUCUUUUUAAAAAAUUUGAUGCGGUUUUUUUUUAAUGGAUAGAGUGAUUGAAGAGGAAGGUUUAUAAAUAGUGGAGAAACUCUGCGAUGGUAUAUGUCUGGAUAUCCCACAAUAACAUUUUUUUGUCAUUUACUUUUUAUGACAAAUAAUGGCUAAUUUUUUAAGCGAUUUUAACCAAUACAGCAUUAGUUAUCCAAUAAAUUACCUUAAAUACAUUAUUGAUUUAAUAUAGAUCUAUAUGGCUCUUUAUGGCAUAUGAUUUUAAUGAAUAUUUUUGAAAAUAUUACAGAUUUAAAAAUUGUGGGACAUAUCAUUAGUGGUGGUACCAACUACCAGCCAGCCGGGGCGGGUCAACAAAAUACUUUGAUACUGUUGACAUGGUUACUUUUAUUUGAAUACUAGAUUCAAAUGAAAGUCAUGUCGACAAAAUCAAAAUUUUGUUAAUACUAAUAAUUAGAAAGCUAGACUUGAUUUUAUGUCACAUUAUACAAAACAACAUCCAAGCAAAAAUGCAGAGAAAGUAAACUUGUUUUGUACUAAAUAAUAAGAUGAUUUCCAGUCUUUAAAUCAAUUUGGAAAUGGUAAAAGAAACAAGUGUUGAUAGCACAAUAAAAUAUCAUGAUUUAAUUUUGAAAUGAAUUGUUGUCAUUUCUGUCUCAUCAAAUUUAAGAAUAGUAAUUGAGUAGUAGUUUGGUAUAAGUAAAAAGUUAGGCUAGUCACAGACCAUGUGUUCAUUUUCUGUGUGCUAAUUCUGUUCUAAAAAAAUGUAAUAUUUGAUGUGCCAUCCUCAUAACUGUUUGUGAGGAAUGUUUGUACUAGUUGUACACUAUUCAUUUUAUAGUGCAUUUGUGUAGAAAAGCAUAGCAGACAUCUAACAAUUAUUUAAAAUGAAUGAAACACGUGUUUAUGUCUCAUACUUACUUGUUUUUUGUAAUUUCUAGUGAUAAUUACUUUGUGUUGUGAUACAGGCUGAACGAAAAAGAUAGGCAGGCAAUGGAUAACCAGCACAGUGUAAAUCUUACACAGUAUGUUCUUCAAAGUUAAUGUCAUUUAAGUAACUUGAACAUUUACAGAAACUCAAUUUUGAUGUAUUCAAAUUGUAUUAAAGUGUGUAAACAGAGAAAUUUGUAGGUAUUUGUAAUGAAAAAGAUGUACAAUUGGUUAUUGAGAAAGGAGUUUCUCUGUCACUCCACUGUUUCUUGUCUAGCUUUUGAAUUCAAGUCCGUGCUUUGUGCUUAUGUUUCAUAUGUAAUGAGGCAGCUUCAAAAUAUAGAAUUUGUAAUGAAAAUUUGUGUAAAUUAUUUUAUUUAUAAAUUUCAAGAUCAUAAAGAUAAUACUUUAAUGAAAUAUUUUAUAAAUCAUUAUA